AACACCCGAGGAAAACACCAAUAAAUAAAUGACGCCGUCAAUAACUAUCAUAAACCUCCUUGUAUGAUCCAUGAUAAAGCAGCUGUGUGCGACACACCACAGAGCACAAAGAGCAUUCCCCUUUCUGAAUAAUCCAAAGUGUGUACUGAUGGUUACCUGACAGAUGCAUUGCCUGGGCAUGCCUUCAUGAUGGGCAGGAUAAUGACAGAAAAAAGGGGCACAGAAAAAAGAAAGGCAAGCUAGAGAGCGAUUGCUUCUCUGGUUUGUGAACUAAAGUAAUCGAGCCACUUUCUAUGAAAUCACACAAAUUCUAAUGUAAUAAAACUAAAAUCCAUCCACUGAAAAAUAAAUGUAAACCAAUGAUACAUUAAUAGGCAGUUCACUAUUCCCAACUCUUAAGAUCGGAGCUAAAUAGCGGUAUUUUUUUACUAGCAAGCAAUAGGCUAUUUAUUAUCUCUAAAAUGCAUUAAUGAUUUAGAUAAGAAAUGCACCCGGCUCUAGGCCUCUAUCCGUGUCUCUGUAGUUUCCGCCAUAUGGUACAGUUUCCAUAGAGCAACCCAUGGCUCCCAGGGGGGUGGGCUCCGAGUAUCACUAACAGACGGCGCAUCCCUCACUGUCUGUAUCGACUCAGUUGAAAAUCAAAAGUAACACCCUGUUUCAGCAGGCCUGACAACCCAGCAGUUGGUGUGCCGCUGCUGCUUUAUUGGAGCCAGCAGGAUGCCCGAAUGAAAUCAACACCCAGAGGUAUUGCAGCCAACAGCAGGAUCAUGUCCAACAGCGAGCGACGCCCCUGCUUCUCCGCUCUCAUCAGCACCACCCUGAUACCCCCAUCAUGGAGCUUGUCAAGUUACAAGAAUACUGACGAGAACAAUGCCGGAAGUUCAACAACGCUAAUAAGACUCAACAAAACAACAGCUCGCCACUUAUGCGGUUUUAGCUGUGGCUGCUAUUUUUACUUCUUUAGUUUAACUAUGUCCAAACUCUGACGUCAAUAAAAAAUCAGCCCUAGAUAUGCAUAGACUUUUCUUUCUUUCUUUCCCCCCAAAGAGACACCGGAAGUGUGGAUAUCACCCUGCUGCAACUUGACGACCGCGCAGCUCCUCUCUCCCUCAGGAUGACUGGGAGUGACGCAGGGCAGACGGAAAAAACUGGGGCUUGAUGAGAAGGACGGCGGUGAUGCAGGAAGGGCUGUAGCUUUAUUUAUUUCAGCCUGAUGCCUGACUUGCCUGUACGGAGGAUAUGAGAGUCACCCAUAUGCGAGCUUUUCUGUGACAGACAGGAGGUAAUAACGAGGAAUCAUCAAGUCAUCCUUGGGGCAGACCAGUUUGGAUACACUCCCAGGUAACAUCGGGUCCUGUUCCUGCACAUGGGAAAGUAGCCUAGUCAUUCAUUUCCCCACUGAACACCGAGUUGUAAGUCGCAUUCAGUGUAUUUGGACCCCCACAUCCUCCUCCUUCGUCAUUUCAACAAAUAUCCACCAUGAACUACCUGCGACGACGACUCUCGGACAGCAAUUUCAUGUCCAACCUACCCAAUGGCUACAUGACCGACCUCCAACGCCCCGAUCCGCCGCAGCAGAGCCCCGCAGUGUCGCCCGGGCCGGCAGAGAGGCGCCAGUCCACCAGUCAGCAGCAGCAGCCGCAGCAGCAGCAACAGCAGCAGUCUGGAGGUGGAGGUGGAGGCUUCUUCUCAUCCAUUUCCAACGCCGUGAAACAGACCACAGCUGCUGCGGCUGCGACCUUAUCGGAGGCAGCGGACCGAGCAGGUGUCUCCAGCAGCGCUAAGAUCCUCCUGGUCAUCGACGACCAGCAGACCGACUGGGUGAAGGUCUUCAGAGGAAGAAAGGUCCAUGGGGAAUUUGACAUCAAGGUGGAACAGGCAGAGUUCUCUGAGAUCAACCUGGUGGCCAAUGCCACAGGUACCUACAAUGUGAACAUUGAUGCAAUUAGGAGUGGCCAUAAAGUUACAAAAUCCUUUAAGCCAGACUUUGUGCUGAUCAGACAGCAUGCGUUCAGCAUGGACAAGAAUGGAGACCAUCGUAACAUAGUGAUUGGAUUGCAGUACGCUGGACUGCCAAGUGUGAACUCUUUGCACUCGGUCUACAAUUUCUGCGACAAACCGUGGGUGUUUGCUCAAAUGUCUAGGCUUCACAAGCAGCUGGGCUCAGAGGAGUUCCCACUGAUUGAGCAGGUUUACUAUCCAAACCACAAGGAAAUGAUUACCUCCCCUCAAUUUCCUGUAGUGGUAAAGAUGGGCCAUGCUCACUCAGGGAUGGGAAAGGUGAAAGUGGACAAUCAGUAUGAUUUUCAAGAUAUUGCUAGUGUUGUGGCACUGACCAAGACCUACGCCACAUCUGAGCCAUUUAUUGAUGCAAAGUAUGAUGUGCGCAUUCAGAAGAUUGGCAACAAUUACAAGGCUUACAUGCGAACAUCAAUUUCUGGCAACUGGAAAACCAAUACUGGUUCAUCUAUGCUUGAGCAAGUGGCCAUGUCAGACAAGUACAGAAUGUGGGUGGAUUCUUGUUCCGAUAUCUUUGGAGGGUUGGACAUCUGUGCUGUAGAGGCUCUACAUGGUAAAGAUGGCAAGGACUACAUCAUAGAGGUUGAUGACUGUUCGAUGCCACUGAUUGGGGACCAGCAGGACGAGGAUCGCGUUCAUAUUGCAGAACUAGUGGUUUCUAAAAUGAACCAGACUGUUCCACGUACUUCAAGCUCUUCCACAGUCCGUACAGGACAGCCAGCACAGAAAGCAGUUUCUCCUCAGCCAGUCUCACAACCGAGAGUCCCGCAGUCUCAACAGCGUCCUUCACCACAGGGUGGUCCUCAGCAAAGCCCUCCAUCUCAGCAGCGUCCACAACCUCAAGGCCAACCUCCUGUACAGACCCAACAAUCUGCUGCCAGCCCUGCCACUGGUGACCCCAGUAACCAGACUAAGGCAAGCCAAGGGCCUGCGACUCAAGGUCAGAGACCUACGUCUGGUCAGGGCUCUCCUCAGCGAAGCCAAGGAGGAUCCCCUCAAGCUCAGAGGCAGCAGUCUGUAUCGCAGCAGAAACCAUCUGCAGGCCAAAAACCUCCACCACAGCAGAGGCCUGCCAUGCCCCCUAGACAGCAGUCACAGGGAGGGACACAGCAACAGAGGGCUCCUGGCCAACAAGGACGCCCUGGAGCACCUACCACCCAGCAGCCACGUCCUGCCGCUCAGGGCCAGGGGGGCCCAGGAGGACGACCUCCUCUGCAACAGAAGCCUCAGCCUCCACAGAAGCCUAGUCAGGACAGCCCGGCUAUGGGCGGCUCUCCACAACUAAACAAGUCCCAGUCUCUUACCAAUACCUUCAACAUUCCAGAAACCCCAGCGCCACGAGCCAGCCUUAGCCAGGACGAAGUGAAGGCCGAAACCAUACGCAAUCUACGCAAAUCUUUUGCCAGUCUCUUCUCAGACUGAGACAGCAUAAGCCCCUCUUCCCUCUCCUCCUGAAAGAAAAAGAGACAGGCAAACUGAAGGACAGACCCCUUCUUCCCCCUCCGAACAAGGACCAACCGGAUGCCGUCUUUAAUUCAUGUACACUGAGCCUGAUGUGAAAAUGUACACACUUGAUAGCCACUGCCUACAUGGUUUAACUCUUUUAAAACGAACAAAAAGUAGAAUACAGUUAGGCACUGAUGUCUUAAACAUUCCCUGCCUUGCCUCGAGCUUAAGUAAUCAUACUCAAAACUGUUUGUACUCCACACUGAAGCCUGUAUAUGCAUGAAUACGAAACAAAACAAUAUUGCUCUCACUUGUUUGUUUGUGCUGUAAAUUCAUCGUGGCCGUUAUGUUCAAGUAACUUGAGGCGCUGUAUUAAAGUUAUUGGGGAAGGGAAGAUAGCCAAAUAUUUUAUUUUAAAUAAAAAAGCAGCACCUAGUUUAUUAUCUCCUCUUAUCUAAAAAUUGUAUAUUUGUGUCAUAGUAAAAACAGUGAAAAUGUAGCUAACCCCUAAUUUUGAAUAAAGAGCUGUCAAACUGACUUAAAGCCACUAAACAAUCUCCAUGUAUCCUGUUAAGGUUCAAAAUAUCCCCUCCUUAUUUUACAAUCCCCAAUAAAAACAAAGCUACACCACUAUUUCACACUUCUACUCCUUGCAAAAUUAACAACAACAUCCUCCCUGCUUUCCUGAUUCCCUAAUUAUUUUUGUAUGGCGCCCAAAUGACUACAGCUGCACACAAAGGAUGUCCAGUGUUUGCAAAUGCUAGAUCUGUUCAAGCUGUAGAUCGCUCAUGGUGAUGUCUUAGCUGCAUGUCAACAGGAGGCAAUGGUUGCAUUUCCCAACCCCUGACUUUGGCGCUUGUAACUGUGUUGUCACAUGUAGUUAAAUUAGCUAGUAUUAGAGUAGUUGGUGUCGUGAGUAUGUCGUGGCUCCCGAUUUUCUUCGUUUUUUGUUUUUUUUUUGUUGCAGAAGAACAAAAGCCCAGCAGCUCUCUAACUUGAAAGCAUGCCUUACACAGACAAGAGCGUCAAAUCAAAUGGAGCUGUCUCAGGGAUGUCCAGUUGAUUGUGACACUUGUGUGUGGGUGAGGGUCUUCCAUUGCAGUCUUAUAGUGGUUGUUUACAAAAAAAAAGAAGGAAAAGCAUGCAUUUUAAUGAGCUAGAAUGUUUUAUUAUUUCAAACACAUUUGCACACAGAGUAUAUCUUGCAAAAUUAUACUUGAAUACAAUGGUUUUCAGGUUUAUUCAUCUGCCACUUGACAAAGCAGGGUUCCUGCUUUGGGGUGCUGCCAUGUCUGUAACAGGCAUGGUACAGUGGGAUCCAGUGUAGACAGGGUUGGCGACUGUUCAGGUACAGUUAGUGAAAAAUAUCGUUACUUACAGUUUAUUUUCCUCAAUUUUCAAAGCAAUGUGACAAGAAAAAAACUGCUAACCAACUACUGAGUUUAAUGGAUGUACAAUAGGUUUUAGGAGGUCUUAGCAGUAGGUCAGCAUAAGAUGCACUCCAAAGCACACUUAGCCAAGGAAUGUUACGUUUGUGAAAUUCAUUUGUACCACGUAGAAAGGUAAAACGGUGACAAGUUUUAGGAAUGCCAACUGCACGAUGCUUCUCUGCAGUUGAUUUCACAAUUCUGCCACGCAUCUUUUGCACCGACAAAACUUUCUUUGAUCACGUCUCUGAAAAUCCAAGCUGUCACUGAAGAAUGUUUUAUCUUCUCCAGGCACUAUAAAUGUCUUCCAGAAGGAGUGCUAUAGAUUCAUAUGGUGAUAUAGUAUGGCAAUAUCACGCUUUUAGAGAAGACCCAAUAGUGAAAAGUCUAAGUGAGUCCUGGUCCCCCUGCAGAUUCUCCAUGUUGCCUGUGUUUUUCUGUUUAUGUAGCCACAGUGACCCCUUGUGUUCAAUGGUGCAUAAACGUGUGAAUGUUGUUUUGUAACCUGGUCAAACCAAAUAGAUGUUGUGCAAAGCUCUGAGUGAUCCAGAUUGUCACUUUCCUCCCCUGCUGCUAUUUGUGCUUGCUGAUAUUCUGUGUGUCUCUAAACUUUAUAGUUUAUCUGGGAAAAUAGUUUACUUACUUUUUCCUUUUGUACAUGCACAAUUUUCUUGUGAAUGGCACUGCUAUAUGGUGCUUGUUAUGUUAUGCAUAAGUAAUGGAGGGCUUCAUUUUUACAUUUUACAGUUACUCAGUGUCAGUACGUAACUGUCAGAUUCAUAAUGGCACAGCCGAGAAUAAAUAAGAGAGGAGUAAUUUUCACACUGAGUGUGUAAUUUAUGAAAAUGAGCCAUCACAUUUAGCACUGAUGGUUAUCUUUGAAAAACCGUGCCGUCCUUUCACUCAGAGGUGUCUUUGCCAAACUGAGAAACACCAUUUGCCACGAGCCCUCUGGAGCCUGACAGGAUGAGCCGCGACGGCAAUGCAAAGAAGUCAUUUUGAUAUAUUUUUUUUUUAUAUUUUAUUUUUAAGGGUUUACAUUAUUUAUGGUUGAUAUAUCUGACUGUGAAUGUACAUUGUCUUCUUUCUUAGAGCUCCUUUUAUUGUUUUUUAAUUCCACCGUAUAAUCAUUGUGAAACGGUAAAAUCCUUACAAGUUCGAGUGAAAUUGAUUGUCAGUUGAUGCCUGCCAGAGUUCAAAAUGUACAUCAUAGAUGUAAGUGCAAAAAUCAAAAAGCUGAGGGGUUUUUUGUUAAUCAAAAAUAAGAUACUGCAUAAUAUAAAUCAUGGUGGAUUAUUGAAAUAAAUGUAAUAAAAAUGAUAUUGAUGUUAUAUGCAAUGUAGCUAUAUUAUGUGAAAAUGAGUAUGUUAUUACAACAUGCACAUGUCCAAUAAAACCUAUGACAAAUAA